AUGACGUUUGAGAGGCCCAGUUUAAUAAUAUUAAAGGUCCCUGCAGGGCAGGCCCCAGCAGGGCAGGCCCCUGCAGGGCAGGCCAUGGCAGUACGCUGUUGUCUGAAGAAAGACCUCAGACGAAUUGCUAAGGCCAGUGGAGCAACUAUCUGUUCAACACUUGCAAACUUGGAAGGAGAUGAGAGAUUUGAUCCGUCUUUAGUGGGCCAGGCUGAGGAGGUGGUUCAAGAAAGGAUAUGCGAUGAUGAACUGAUACUUGUUAAAAAUACAAAGGCCCGUACUUCUGCAUCAAUCAUUCUGCGAGGAGCAAAUGCUUUCAUGUGUGAUGAGAUGGAGCGCUCCCUACACCUACAUUUCAUUGGAAUCAGGCUGUAACCUCUAAAAUAAAAGCUCAAUUUUAUCCAGUCAGUAGCUUAGCUGCAGAGUAUC